AACUGCUUAUAACAAGAUGGUUCAAUUAGCUGAAGGGGAGUCCGAGAGCCGUCGACUCUUUAGAGAUUUUCUACGCAAUAGUUAUAUCAGCGGACUGCAGCCCUUUCUCUUUGAGACCUCAGUGCGCUAUGCCAAAGCUCUCUGGCUAACGUUUCUGGCUGUGAUUGUAGUCUCGACCCACAUCGUUAUCGUCAACCUGACACUCGAGUACAUCGUGCAACCCACUGAAAUUCAUAUGUCCCCCAAUCAGGUGCAUGUGGCAAACAGUCCCUUUCCUGCCGUCGCCAUCUGCAGCUCCAACAUGAUCAGCAAACGACAAAUGCAAACUUAUGCUGCCAAAAUCUAUCUACACCAGUCAACACACAAUCCGCAACCGAGUGGCAACUCCUCCUUCUACUCCCCGAUAGAAUCCCCGCAGUUAGAAGUCUUGGCGCGGCGACUGCUUCUGUUGGCCAACUUUUACCUGCAUGCCCACGAUGAGUCGCAGUUAGACGUCGACGAAUUAGGUCAACUUCAUCGACUGCUCAGCAGCUACCACAAUGGGAGCGACUACUCGGUGCACGAUAUACUCAGGGAGUUAUCGCCCGACUGCGGUGACUUGGUGCUGCGUGGGAUAAUCUAUGGCGCGCCAGUGAACACAAGUCAGCUAUUUAUCAAGCGAACCACUUCGUCGGGUGUGUGCUGCAUAUUUAACUAUCGUCGACCAAGUGAUUCGCAAUAUCCAUGGAAGCGUGCUCUGGAGGAUGCUGAAUUAUAUGCAUUGCCACAUGUUAUGUUCGAGUCGAAUUCCAUUUUAAAUGGCAUACAAUUUGUGCUGCAGGACACAACGAAAGAUGAUUACACAAUGACAUAUUUUAGUAAUACAGCAUUUCGGCUGCAACUAUUUCCCAAGGAUGAUUAUGCGACAAUUCAGUCCAACACAAAUGGUGCAAUUCUUGUCGACCAUGAAACCAUAGUGGAAAUUCCCAUACAACCCAAAUUCUUCGACAGCAGUGCUGCAGUGCGAGGUGUUACACCUGAGACGCGACGCUGCUAUUUUUCCGAGGAGGGCAAGAAGAUAUUGAAUCAAUCCUACUACUCAAUGGACGAGUGCCUGUUGCGUUGUCGAAUCGACAGCAUGUUGCAGCAUUGUGGUUGCGUCUCCUCGCCAUUGGCAGGCAGUGUCAUGAAUAUCACCUACUGCACACUGCUCGAUUUGCCGUGUCUGAUGAAGUGGAAGCGCGUUUGGUUCAGCUACACGGAAUUCCCAUAUGUGCAUCAGGAUAAUGAGGAAAUUGAGACGGGUAUUGAUCAGUGUAAGCAUUGUUUGCCCACCUGCAAUGGAGUCGACUUUGAGAUUGUGAGUAAUGUGGCCCCAUUGCGUCGUACCUACAAUUCAUCUGGCUAUUUCCAUGGUUUGCUCAAGGGCUUGACCAACGAUCGACCUUUGUCCAUUAUCAAGUUAUUCUUCAGACUGCGCUUUGCUCAGGCAACUGAAAUGGAUAUGGUUGGCGAUUGGGUAGUUCUGCUCAAUCGUUUUGGUGGCAUUCUAUCGUUGAUGUAUGGCUUUAGCAUUAUCAGCUAUAUUGAAAUACUUUACUAUCUGACGGGCAAAUGGUUUGUGUACUACUAUCGAGCGUGCAGCAAUAAAAUGAAGGGUGCUAAAACAGAUGCAAACGUUUACACAUUUCACUGGAAUGAGUUGCAGCCACGUGCAGCUGCACGAUCAGUGCGUAAGCCGUGA